GCGGCUCCGCUCCCCGCUCCUCCUCCCGCCGGGCCCGCAGGGGACAGCGACACUCGCCAGGCGCCUCCGUCCCGGCGCUGCCCCGCGCCCCCGUCGCUCGAUCAGCAGCUCCUGAGGACUGAAGAACCUGCCCAGGGAACACCUGCUCUGAGGUGCUCAGGCAUGGCUGACCUGGACCACUCCCUGAGCCUGGCCGAUGCUCUGACGGAGCCGCCCCCUGACGUGGAGGAGGAGGUGAAGAGAGACUUCAUUGCCACGCUGGAGGCUGAGAAGUUUGAUGACGUGGUGGGGGAGACUGUGGACAAGACAGACUACGUGCCCCUGCUGGAUGAUGAGGACCAGGCCAGGCCUGGCAGCCAGGAGCCCAAAAGCAAAGGCCACGUGGAUGGAAUAGCCGUGGAACAUUCCUCAGCCUCGGGGCCCAUGGUGGUGGAGAACGGUGACCACGGGCUGCAGGACCACCACACAGUAUUCCCAGGAGAAAUCAUGGAUGAGAAGAUGUCCUACAAAGAGUUCCUGGAUCGCAACGACUCCUGGUCAGCAGAGGAGAGGGACCUGUGCUUCAAACCCAUGGACAUGGCUGACGCCUUCAGCAUGCACAGAGGGGAGAACCUGCCGGAGCUGUCCUUCCCCACGGACAUGAAGAGCACGCCGCUGUUCCCGGGCCACGCCGACGCUGCCAGGGACAUCCUUGCUCAACAUGGAUCCAUGAUGGGACCUGAACAACCUUUCCUGGGGUCCCUGUAUUCCCCUGCAGAGGCUCUGGACCCAUCAGCCUUCAUCGGCCUCGAGUCAGGCAGAGAAUUCCUGCCAGGACAAGCAGCCUCUGAAGAAUACUGGAUGGGGGCUCAGCAGGACAUGAAGGGACCAGAUACCUCUUUCUUUGUUGAGCCACCAGUGCCCCCUGCAGCUGCAGAAGCCAUAAGGACCAGCCUGCCCGAGAGCCCCACGGCAGCAGCAGCCCCUGGGAACGUUCCUGCUGCAGCCCCAGCCCUGCCAGCAGAGGCUGCAGCCACAGAGGGACCCAAGGCUGCAGCUCCAGGUGCAGCCUCUGUACACACCGCCAGCGCCGCGUCCCUUCCCACGGAGAAAGUUGUGGCUGGCCCUGCUGGAGACACCAAACCUCCCCAAAGUCCUGCAGCAGCAGCAGCAGCAGCCAGCCCUUUCCAGGCCACAGAUGGGGGCUUUGCUCCUGCCCCUGAAGCCAGCCCUGCCAAAGGUGUCAAUGACGUGUCCGCCCCGGGGACAGAGCUUGGCUUCGCCCCAGCAGCAGAUGCUGGAUCCCACCAUGGGGUGGAUUUGGGAUUUGCCCCAGCAGCAGGUAUGGAGUCCCAUCAGGCCAUGGAUUUGGGAUUUGCCCCAGCAGGUAUGGAGUCCCACCAAGCCAUGGAUUUGGGAUUUGCCCCAGCAGCAGGUGUGGAGUCCCAUCAGACCAUGGAUUUGGGAUUUGCUCCAGCAGCAGGUGUGGAAUCUCACCAGAACAUGGAUUUGGGAUUUGCUCCAGCAGCAGGUGUGGAAUCUCACCAGACCAUGGAUUUGGGAUUUGCUCCAGCAGCAGGUGUGGAGUCCCACCAGAACAUGGAUUUGGGGUUUGCCCCGGCAGCAGACACAGAACCUCACCAUACCUUGGAUUUGGGAUUUGCUCCAGCAGCUGAUAACAAAGCUCAGCACGUUAUGGGCUCUGAGUUUGGCCCAGCAGGAGAUGCAGAGUUUGCCCCAGCAGCAGAAGUCAGCCAUCACCAUGGCCUGGAUUCUGGGUUUGCUCCUGCAGCUCCAGCCAAGCCUGUCCCUGCUGUGGAUGGUGGGAACGUGGCAGCUCAGCCUGGCCCUGCAGCUGCCCCCAGCAUUGCUGUGUCUGGGGAGCUGCUGACAUCUGAGGCUGCCCUUCAGCAGGACAAGGCUCCUGCAGAAGCAGCAGCAAAGGUGGAGGCGGAAUCCAAAGUCCCAGAAGUUUGUGUGGAUCACUCAGAGGAGAUGAAGGACAGGAAACCUCCCCCAAGCCCUCGGGAGGAGGAAAUUCCCGGGAAAACCAAGCAGCCCCCGGAGGCAGCAGCUGAAGCAAAAGGAGCACUAGGAAAUAAAGACCUUCCAGAAAAAUCUGCCCCUGCUGAGAAUGGUGAGACACAGAAGGAGGAGGCUGAGCACAACCACGUCCAGCACAAAGAACCUCAGGAAGAAAAAACCCUGCAGGAGCCCACAGGUCUUCCCACUGCACAAGUCAGGCAAGCUCCCAAAUCCAGGGACCGUGGGUUUGGCAGAGCAAAACCUGCCCCAGUGCCUCUCACAGAUGUGCCAGAGGAGCAUCCUGUAGGUGUCCCACAGCAGAAGAGUCCUGAGCCCAGAGCAGACCCCUGUUCCACAGUGGAGCUUGGCUGUGGUGCUGGAGCAUCCCCUCGCUCUAGGGUUCCUCACAAAAAGGCCACCAAUGUCCCCACGGAGCCUGUGGAGAGCUGCAGAGAUCCCCCCCAGGAAAACUGGGAUUUGGAAGGUGCCAUGGUGAAGAAAAAGAAAAAGAAACCAAAGCAAAGGAGAAACCAGCUGCCAAGAGGGAUGGAGUUCUGGGAUGAGAAUGGAACAGCCUCCAGAGGUGCCAGGAGUGCUCCCUCUGGGGGGGAGUGGCAGAACCCAGCCGUGUGUCCUGGAACACCCCCUGGAAGCAGAGCUCUGGAUGUGCCACAGCAUGCUAAAAUCACAGCUGGGAGUCAUAUCCUGGAGGAGAAAAACACCUUCCCUGUGCCAGCCCCUGGACAGCAGGGCCCAGAAUGCAGCGUGCUGGACGGCAGCCCCAGGGAGGAGAUGGAGCCAGAGGGAAGGAGAGGGGCCAGCUGGAUGCUGGGAUCCAAGGGCCAAAGCAGAGAGGUUCCCUCAGAGCAGGUGGGCAGGGCUGAGGUGCAGGAACCUGCUGCAGCCAAGGGAGCCAGCAAGGCUGUGGAGACAGACUUCCCCAGGAAAAAUGAGAAGAGGGAGGACAAGGAGUCAAAAGAUGCCAAGAAGGUCAAUCUGAGCGAAUCAGGAGCUCCCUUACAGACCAAAGCUUUGGAAUUGCCCCUGUCCCAUGAAAACAAGGAGCCCAAAUCCCCUUCUCCAGGGCAGGAAGCACCCGGUGACUCUGUCCAGCAGCCUUCCCUGGAAACAGCAGCCAAGAAAAAGUGGGAAAAAAGCAAAGGGCUUGAAAAGGAGUCCCUCAAACAGCCUCACCUGGAGGCUGCAGCCCUGCACAAGCUCCCAGCAGAGCCAAAGGCAGCUGGAGAAAGUGCAGGAGGGUCAGAGGGAGGACUGAGGAGCCCAGCAGAUGCUCCUGGAGCUCCUGUUCCAGUUCCACCAGAACCUGGGGAAGUUCCAGCUGGGCAGGGCAGGGCCCAGGGUGCUCCCAAACAUCCCAGCCCUGGUGAGGCAGGGGGCAGGGGGGUGGCAGCAGAUCCAAAGCAAGGGAAAGGAAUCCCUGGUUGUGAGCAGCAGGCUGGGACAGAGCCCAGCCUGGCACACAGCACGGACAGGCCAAAGAAGAAGCGCAGUGAAGGGAAAGGGAAAAGAAUGAAAAGCUGCUCAGAGCAGAUGAUGCUCUCAGAGGAUGGAGGCAAAUUCACUGAUGGAGGGAGGACAGAUGAGGCUGGGAAGGAAACAGUUUAUCCUGAAAAUGGCCAGGCUGUUCCUGGCAGAGAACACCCCUCGGCCAGCACUGCACAGACCUGUCCUGCAGACAAGCCCAAAAAAAGAGGCAGCGAUGGAAGGAGCAAAAAAGGGGAAAGGAGCUUUUUCCAGCAGCCUUUCCUUGAGAAUAAGAUGGACUCAGGGAGUUUUUCUGAGGGAGCUGAUAAGGUGAAGGAGGGCAGUGACAGGGACAGAGAGCAGGGCUGUGUCCCUGCUGGGGGCUUGCAGGAAAAUGGAGCUAAAAUGCAAAGGCCAAUUGAGCUGGGACAGGAGAAACCGAAAGAAGAUGUGAGGAAAGGUGAAACAGCUGAUUUGGGAGCUUUAGACCAAGCUUUGCUGCUGGAGAAGAGCAGAGAGGGAGCCAAAAAUCCUGCUGUGGCUGCCACCAUCAGCCCCACAGAGCAGGUGGGUUUGGCUGGGAAAGGCAGAGAGGCCGGAGGUGCUGGGCUCAGCUCGGAUGUGCCAGUGCUGGCAGAGAAAGCCAGGAAGAGGAGCAGUGAUGGGAGAAGGAAACAGGCUGAGAAAAGCCCCUCUGGGCAGGCAGCUGUCCUGGGGGCUGGGGGGGAAGGCAGGCAGGAGCAGGUGGCUGGAGGCAGGAAGGAAAUGAGCUUGGCUGAGCAGAAGGGGCCUGGUUUGCAAAGAGAGAGGCUGGAAGAAGAGCUGGGGAAGCCCAAAAUCCAGGGAGGCACUGGGAGCUUCUCUGAGCAGCCAAAUCUUUCAGGCCAUAAAGCAGAAACUUCAAAGGCAGAAAUAGGGAAAGGAAACUUGGACACUAAGGAAGCUUGGCCUGUAAAUAAAGGGAAGGAAGCAGAUAAAUCCCCAGGGCACAGGGCAGGGAUGCACAGUCCCACCAGGGAGCUGGGCAUGGACAAGCCCAAGGGUAAAAACAGAGAUGGGAAAGGCAAAAAGGCUGAGCACAGUCCUGAGCUGCAGCCAGGUGUCUUCCCUGCAGUGGGACAUGUUCAACAAACUCAGUCUGAGAAGGGCAAAGAGAAUUCCAGCACUCCAGAGGUGCUGCUGGGUCACCUGCCUGAUCCUGCCAAGGGACAGGCUCCUGCUCUGCCUCUGGAGCCAGGGAAUUCACACACAGGUGGGGAAGAGAAGCACAGAAAGGGGGAGCCUGACCCACAGCAGCCUUUUCUGCUGGAGCAGAAAGCAGGAGCAGGGAUGUUUCCUCCUGCUGGCCUGGAGAUCAGGGAUAGACUUGAGGCAGGAGGUGCCAGUCCUUGCAGCAGGAAUAAAAGUCCUAUUCCAGAGCAUCCAGCAGUGUCAGAUCCCAGCCUGGCCCCAGUCACUGAGAGAUCUAAAAAGAGGGGCUAUGAUGGAAGCAGUAAAAAGGCUAAAAAUGCCUCCAGGCAGCCUGUUCCUCUGGAGGCAGAACCAGACAGGAGUGAGGCACAGCCUGCCGUGGGAGCGGGGCUGGAAUGUGGGGUGGAAGACACAGAUCUUGUAGAUGAAAACAGAAACAUUAAAAACUUUCCCACUGGCCCUCAAAGACUUGGGAAUAAUAAAGGAAGUGACUUCAAAUCCAUGUCUCAGACCCCAGCAAGUGGCCCUGGGGAUGGGGGUGAUGCUCCCUGUGGCCUCCCAAAGCAGGGAGAGGGGGGUGCAGGGACUGGGGGCCUUCCUCCUCCUCCUCCUCCUCCUCCUCCUCCUCCUCUGGGAGCAGUGGCAGAGAAAAGCAGCAAAAAGCCUGGAGCUGGUGCUAAGAAGGAAAUGCAGACCCAGAGAUCUCCUGAGCAGCCCAAAGAACCUGGCAAAGAGGUUUCCCAGGAAGGUGGGAAGAGCAGAGAGGCUGGUUCCCAGGGUGGCCAGCUCGAGGACAAAAGUCACCUUUGUCCUGUGGCAAAGGUGGAUGAUAAAGAAAUAAAACCCACUGAUCCAAAGGGGGAUGAUAAAGAAAUAAAACCCACUGAUCCAAAGGGGGAUGAUAAAGAAAUAAAACCCACUGAUCCAAAGCACAACACUGCCAAGGCUCCCUCAGAGCUUCCUCAUGAGGCAGCAGAUCCAAAACACAGAGCAGCCUCUGGAGCUGCUGAGGGGACUGGGGGAUCAGAGGCCACCAUGUCCUGUGCAGAGAAGGGCACAAGGAUGUCCCCAGCCCCUGCAGGGACACCUGGCAGCACAGGGAAGUCCCCAGCCCCUGCAGGGACACCUGGCAGCACAAGGAGCUGCUCUCCAGCCAUGUCCCAGGCUGUGCCAGGAGCUGGCAAGGACAGGAAGGCUGGAGGGGCUGAGCAGGGCAGGGACAUGAGGAAUGAGCAGAGCUCACCCCAACAGCAGGGAACUGAGCCUGAGGCUGCUGGGACAGCUGCCCAAACUACCCAAAAACAGCGCAGGGAGAACAAAAAAGGUCCCUGUCAGCCUGCAGAGGAGGGCCCUGCUCUCCUGAAGGAUGAUGCUCCUCAUGCUGGGGAGGUUCUCCUGAAGGAUGCUCCAGUGUCCAAGUCUGAGGGGGAUAAACCUCAAGAGAAAACCAAGGAAAAGGAUUCUCAAACCAAAACCAAAGAAAAGGAGUCUCAGGACACAAAUAAAGAAGGAGAAACUCAAAAUACAACCAGAGAAAAGGAAUCUCAAGACAUAACCAAAGAGAAGGAAUCUCAAGAAGAAAAGGAGUCUCAGGACACAACAAAAGAAAAGAAAUCACAAGAAGUAACUAAAGAAAAGGAAUUUCAGAACACAACUAAAGAGAAAGAAUCUCAAGAAAUAACUAAAGAGAAGGAAUCUCAAGACACAGCCAAAGAAAAGGAAUCUCAGGACACAACUAAAGAGAAGGAAUCUCAAGACACAGCCAAAGAAAAGGAAUCUCAGGACACAACUAAAGAGAAGGAAUCUCGAGCCCCAGCUAAAGAGACAGAAGAAGAACGUGAGCAGAAAGUGGUGAAAGAGGCAAAGAAAGAGAGAGUGAAGGCAGCAGAGCAGCUCAAGGGCUACAUGAGACCCACCAAGGCCCGGGGGGUGCCAGCCCUGGUGCCAGCCCUGGCGGGCAGAGCCGUGCCCCGGCGGCCGGACAGAGCCAAGGCAGAGGAGCCCAAAGCAGCCGAGGCCGUGAGCGGGAACGACAUCACAGCUCCUCCCAACAAGGAGCUGCCCCCCAGCCCCGAGAAGAAGACCAAGCCUGCUGCAUCCUCCUCCACUGCCAAGGCGGCGGCAGCCAAGGCCAAGCCCUCGGCCAGCACCAGCCCCAAGCGGCCCAGCUCGGCCACCCCGGGCACAAACAAAAAGCCCACGAGCCCAACUGCAGCUCCUGCUCCAGGCACCAGCUCCAAACGCCCUGGCACCAGCAGCACCCGUCCCUCCACCCUAACUCCAAAAGAGACUAAACCAAAGGUCACGGAUGCGAAGCCCGCGGAGAAGAGAACCUCCCUGUCCAAGCCUCCAUCCUCCACCACCCCCAAAACUCCUUCCAGGAGCUCCUCUGCUGCUCCCCGGACCACGGCGCCGUCGCCGGUGACGGCAGCGGCCGCUGCCAAAACCACGGCGCCCACUCCUCCCAAGAGGCCGACGUCCAUCAAGACGGACGCGAAGCCGGCAGAUGCCAAGAAACCCCCUGCCAAGUCUCCCUCAGCCGAUUCCAGCCGCCCCAAGAGCGCUCCCGGCAGCGCCCCCAAGAGCAGCGCCACCACCUCUUCCACCGCGGCCUCCGGCGCGGCCCCCGCCCGGCCCAAGGCCAAAGCCGCCGCCCCCAAAGCCGCCACGGCCUCCACGGUGUCGGCGGACGCCAAGAGAGCCCCGGGCAAGGCCGCGGGCAGCAAAGGCACGGCCGGGCCCGCGCCCCGAGCGCCGCGGCCUGCCAGCGCCGCCGGGCCCGACCUGCGCCACGUCCGCUCCAAGAUCGGCUCCACCGACAACAUCAAGCACCAGCCCGGCGGGGGAAAGGGGAAGGUAGAGAAAAGGCCAGAGUCAGCCGGCGCCGCGCCCAGCUCUGAGCCCAGCGCGGGCACUAAGGUGGCUCCUAAAGUGGCAGCAAAAGAGGGGGUCCCCAAACAGCCCAAUGGGAAAGUCCAGAUAGUCUCCAAAAAAGCGAACUACAGCCAUGUUCAGUCCAAGUGUGGUUCCAAGGACAAUAUUAAGCAUGUCCCUGGAGGUGGGAAUGUGCAGAUCCAGAACAAGAAAGUCGACCUUUCCAAAGUGUCCUCCAAGUGUGGAUCUAAAGCAAAUAUCAAGCACAAGCCAGGGGGAGGAGACGUCAAAAUCGAGAACCAGAAGCUGAACUUCAAGGAGAAAGCCCAGGCCAAAGUGGGAUCUCUGGACAACGUGGGACACUCACCGGCCGGAGGGGCCGUCAAGGCGGAGGGCAUCGCGGAGCCGGCGCAGCUCCCGCCGGCGAACGGAGCGGGGCCGGGGCCGGACGCGCUGCCCGCGGCCCCCGCGCUGCGGGAGAACGGCGUGGGGCCGGCCCUGGCCGCCCUCAGCACCGCCGACCAAAGGGAAAUGCAGAGCCUCGACACUCACAUCCAAGAAACAAGCAUCUAAUGAUGACAUUAUGGUAUCGUCUUCCAUUCCCCUCCUGUCCCUUGUCUCCUCCUCUCCCCGUGUCCCCUUGUCCCCUGCCCUUGUGUCGCUGCAGAUUGAGUCUCACAAGCUGACGUUCCGUGCGAAGGCCAAGGCUCGAACAGACCACGGAGCGGAAAUCGUCGUCUCCAAACCCCCCACCCUUUCCAGCAGCACCUGCCCCCGGCGUAGCACCUCCGCCAGCGACAGCCUGGGCUCCGUCGCCUCCCCGUCACCGCCGCCGCCGCCGGCCGCGCCCUCCCAGCAAGGCUUGUGACCCCUGGCCCCGCUCCGCGCCCCGGGGACCCCAGCUUGGCUCUCUUAACCCGGCUCUGGCUUUAGGUGGGAAGGGGACGAUGUUCCUCGGGCCGGGCCGCUCCGGAGCGCUCGGCCCUGCCCGGGCUGGGGUCCCUCGGCGGCCGGGCAGGGCUCCCCUCCCUCCCUCCCGCUCCUGCCCUCCCGCUGGCCCGGGAACUCUCGAGGGUUGCUGCGCGUCGGGGCCGGCCCGAGCGGCUCCGGCUGUGCCAGGGCGGGCAGAGCAGAGCAGAGCCCUGGGUGCGAGGCCAGGCCGAGUUAACAGGGAUAAGCUGUGAUCUUUCUUUCUGUCUCUUUUUUUAACCCCUUCCCUCCUUGCCGCUUCAGUUUCUGCCGCCUGUGGGAUGCUGAUAAAUCCCCUCCACACUCGUUAGGCUGUUUUAACUGUUGACUUGAACCUUUUAUUCUUUGUGACGAAGUGUUGAUGAUUUAUCGUGUUCGAACCCGUGCUAAGUUUCCUUUUCUCUUUCCUUCUUUUCCGACCCGUAGGAGAGUAGGGACAUUUAACCACUGCUGCCGUGCUGGCUUCUUACUGACAUAUCCAGCCGUUGUAACUUCUUUGUUGUUGUUUGGGGUUUUUUCUUUUUAAUAUUUUAAAACGAUGGAGCGAGUUCAUGGGAUUAAGCCAUGUCCGGAACGAAAGGCACAGGAAUGUGUAAAGGGCAAACUUGCUGUGAGAGCUCAGGUGGAGCCUGUGUUGACCUCGAGACUGUAAUUGAUGCUCGAGAUGUGUUAAUUGAUGCUCGGAGCCCUCCCCGGGGUGCCUUCUGCCGAGGUGGUUUAUUUAUUAACGGCACGGCCGAGCCCUGGGAUUUCUCCCGUUUUGCCAGGGCCGAGGCUGGAGGGAGCAGGAGGCGCCGUGGCGGGGCCAGGAGGGCGCAGGCCGGGAGUUCCGAGGCUGCAGCAGGUCCGUGGGGGUGUGGGGACUGUGUGGGGGUGUGUGGGGGGUGUGUGGUUUUUGGGGUGGUGGAUGGGGGACCCGAGCGAGCGCCGGGAUGAGCAGGGCCGUGCGGGCAGCAGGAGCAGGGAGCUCAUCCCGGGGGGAGCCCGGGCCCUCGGGGGACAGCAGGGCAGGGUUGGUGCCAGGGAGUUGCAGCUCUGACUAGGAAGGAGAUCUAACCACUCUUGGAGCUCCUCGUUUCAAAUGACACUAAAGAAACGACAUGUAAAUAAAUUUAAAAAAAAGCAAAAGAAAAGUCUUCUUGGGUGGUCAAACUAAUGUAAAGAAAAAAAAAAAAAAGGCAAGCAGAAUAACAAAACACUGGGAUCAAAGAGAACUAAACCAGGCGUGUGCUAAAGGGGGCUGCUCCAGGAGGGGACAGAGGGAAGCCUGCAGCUUCUCGUGCUUGUGGGAGUAUUUCUUUGGGAAGCCAACAACGACACGAUAACCCGGAAUCUGUAUUUACACACAAAGAUUCUUAUUGCACUUGUAUUUUUUAUAUUAAAGUUUGCAUGGUUUCUAAUAAAAUGGCAUUAAAAUGUA